AUGCAGAGAUGGCUAAAAAGCAGAGAACUUACCAGCAGCCCGCGGAACAAUAAGACUGGUGCAGCGAUGCUGCUGAGCAUCAGGAGCGUCGACAGCAAGAGGACUAUUGGGAAGAAUUGUGGUACAUUUCUCACAGCACCGGAGUUCAGUGUGCAGGCGAAGAUGAGCUGCAAUCAACUCAACUGAGCUCUGUUCCACAAUGGUAAACUGAGCGACACACAGACCACAUUUCCACAAAAAUGGUUCCGUUUCUAUUGAAUCAACAGAAAUUAGGACGUCCACAGUCGCAGGAGCCUUAUAAGCAAUUCUUGUAAUUUCAUCCAGAGCAACUUCAACCGUACUCACGGAAGCCAAGACCAUUUGAGGAUGUUUAAUUGAGCUGCAAUACUUCGAUGUGAUUACCAAAUCACUAUUAUUUGAAGAGUUUGGAUCUUCAGCAACUAACUGCAGCCUUCGCCAAGGCCGAUCAUCACCAGAAGUCAGAAGGACGUUCAAGGGUAGGGAAGAUUGUAAGAUGCGAGUUCUAAUAACCCCUUGUAGGGUCUCGUUAAGAGCUGACCAUGAACACAUCGGGUACCGAGUGUAAGAGAGAGAUGCUGUUAG